UGGUCCCCAACUACGAAUACAAUGGUGUUCUUUUUGCACGAAAAUAAUAUUAAGGGUGUUGCUAACUAAAAAACAAAUAGAUGUGGGUGCUGCUUUUAGAUAUUUUCAAUAAAAAUUACAAAAAGUUCUUCUGAGCUUCCUCUGACACAUAAAAACCUUCACUUCACUCUCUCUUUUCUUGUGAUCCGCACACUUUCAAUCCUUCCAGAAAAAAGAAAACAAAUCGCCAAAAUUCACUAAACAGAAAAUCAAAUAAAAAACAAGGAAAAUUACGUAAUUGUCAUUCACCUUCUCAAAAAUAUCUUACGCUUCUUUUUUAGUAUAUACUGAUUCUCCAUAGUAUCUUCUCCCUUAUUAAGCUCUGAAGUGUUUGCUCCUCUCUUUCCAGAUUCCGGUUUCGAAAUUUGGGAGAUAAGCGAUGGCAAACGCGAAUGGAAAAGCUGCGACUAGUUUACCGGAGAAAAUCUCGGCGAAGGCGAAUCCAGAGGCGAAUGAAGCUACGGAGAUCGCUGGGAAUAUCAUCUACCACGCCAAGUACAGUCCACAUUUCUCUCCAUUGAAGUUCGGUCCUGAGCAAGCUCUCUACGCUACCGCAGAGAGCCUUCGCGAUCGUCUCAUUCAGCUGUGGAAUGAGACUUAUGUUCAUUUUAACAAAGUGGAUCCAAAACAAACUUACUACUUGUCAAUGGAGUAUCUCCAAGGUCGUGCUUUGACAAAUGCCAUUGGGAAUUUGAAUCUUCAAGGUCCAUAUGCUGAUGCACUACGUAAGCUGGGUUAUGAGCUUGAGGAGAUAGCCGAGCAGGAGAAAGAUGCAGCUCUGGGAAAUGGUGGAUUAGGGAGACUUGCCUCGUGCUUCUUGGAUUCGAUGGCAACUCUAAAUUUGCCUGCUUGGGGUUAUGGGUUGAGGUACAGACAUGGGCUGUUUAAGCAAAUAAUCACAAAGAAAGGUCAAGAAGAGAUUCCAGAGGACUGGCUUGAGAAAUUCAGCCCGUGGGAAAUUGUGCGGCACGACGUGGUAUUCCCUGUCAGAUUUUUUGGCAAGGUGCAAAUAAAUCCGGAUGGAUCACGGAAAUGGGUAGGUGGUGAUGUUGUACAAGCUCUUGCUUAUGACGUGCCAAUCCCGGGAUAUAACACAAAGAACACAAUCAGUCUCCGUCUCUGGGAAGCAAAAGCUAGAGCGGAGGAUCUUGAUCUUUUUCAGUUCAACGAAGGAGAAUAUGAAUUGGCUGCACAGCUACAUUCUCGAGCUCAACAGAUUUGCACUGUGUUAUAUCCAGGAGAUGCUACCGAGAAUGGGAAGUUAUUACGGUUAAAACAGCAGUUCUUUCUCUGCAGUGCUUCUCUUCAGGAUAUUAUAUCAAGAUUUCAUGAGAGGAGUACGGCCGAAGGCAGCCGGAAAUGGUCAGACUUUCCAAGCAAAGUUGCUGUUCAAAUGAACGACACACACCCAACUCUUGCAAUCCCUGAGCUCAUGCGAUUGCUAAUGGAUGACAAUGGACUUGGCUGGGAUGAGGCUUGGGAUGUGACAUCAAGGACCGUUGCUUACACCAAUCACACUGUCCUUCCUGAAGCGUUGGAGAAAUGGUCACAAUCGUUGAUGUGGAAGCUUCUUCCUCGCCAUAUGGAAAUAAUUGAAGAGAUUGACAAGAGGUUUGUGCAAACCAUUCGCGAUACACGAGUUGAUCUUGAGGAUAAGAUUUCAAGUUUGAGCAUCUUAGACAACAAUCCACAAAAGCCUGUGGUGAGAAUGGCUAACUUAUGUGUAGUAUCCUCACAUACGGUGAAUGGAGUUGCUCAGUUACACAGUGAUAUCUUGAAGGCUGAGUUAUUCGCAGACUAUGUCUCAAUAUGGCCAAACAAAUUUCAAAACAAGACUAAUGGCAUCACACCUCGAAGGUGGCUACGUUUCUGCAGCCCUGAGCUCAGUGAUAUAAUCACAAAGUGGUUGAAAACUGACAAAUGGAUCACCGAUCUUGACCUACUUACUGGUCUUCGGCAGUUUGCUGACAAUGAAGAACUCCAAUCUGAAUGGGCUUCUGCAAAGACAGCCAAUAAGAAACGUUUGGCUCAAUAUAUAGAGCGUGUGACUGGUGUUAGUAUCGAUCCAACAAGCUUAUUUGACAUACAAGUUAAGCGUAUCCACGAAUACAAGAGGCAGCUGAUGAACAUUCUUGGGGUAAUAUACAGAUUCAAGAAACUAAAGGAGAUGAAGCCUGAGGAAAGGAAGAAAACAGUUCCUCGUACUGUCAUGAUUGGGGGUAAAGCAUUUGCAACAUAUACAAAUGCAAAACGGAUAGUGAAGCUGGUGAAUGAUGUGGGUGACGUUGUUAACAGCGAUCCAGAGGUCAACGAAUACCUAAAGGUGGUAUUUGUUCCAAACUACAAUGUCACUGUAGCAGAGAUGCUUAUACCCGGAAGUGAGCUAUCUCAACACAUCAGCACAGCAGGCAUGGAGGCAAGUGGUACCAGCAAUAUGAAAUUCGCUCUCAACGGUUGCCUUAUCAUAGGAACCCUUGAUGGGGCUAAUGUUGAGAUAAGAGAGGAGGUUGGCGAAGAAAAUUUCUUUCUUUUUGGUGCAACAGCUGAUCAGGUCCCUCGACUGCGUAAAGAAAGAGAAGACGGACUGUUCAAACCCGAUCCUCGGUUCGAAGAGGCAAAGCAGUUUGUCAAAAGUGGAGUGUUUGGGAGCUACGAUUAUGGUCCGCUCCUUGAUUCUCUUGAGGGUAACACAGGUUUUGGACGUGGUGAUUACUUCCUGGUUGGGUAUGACUUCCCCAGCUACAUGGAUGCUCAGGCCAAAGUUGAUGAAGCUUAUAAGGACCGGAAGGGGUGGCUGAAAAUGUCGAUAUUGAGCACAGCCGGGUCAGGAAAGUUCAGCAGUGACCGUACAAUAGCUCAAUAUGCCAAAGAGAUUUGGAACAUUGAGGCUUGUCCUGUUCCCUAAGUCCUUGUAUCGUUCGCACAGACGAUACCUUCCUUACCAAGGCAUCUCCAUAUCCACACAGUUCCAAAGUCGAUAUUACUUAUAUCAGAUCUCAUAAGAAUAUAACCAAAAUAAAUGAUAAACCUUUUCGUAUGUAUAUGUUCACGAUGUUUGCAAUAUUUUAAUUUUACUCAAGGAAAACGUUCUGUAAAAUGCUAUAUGAAUGAAUGAAUUUGGUUUAAUGAUU